AAUCAAGGCGAUACCAGCCCGGUAAAGCCUCCAGAUUUUUCGAUAUCCAUGAUAAAUGAAGCUAAAAUAAUGCUUUCUGAAGAACCUGCUCGAGGCAGCAUGCAGUUUUGGUAUUUGUAG